ACAAACCACACCACCCCUAAGCCUUGUCAUCUUCCCUGUUCUUCCCCAACCUCAUUCUCUUUCUCUCUCUCUCUCUCUCUCUCUACAAACACCAUUAUGCUUCUCCGAGCUGCUUCGGCUUUCUCUCUCGUGAACCCUCAUGGGGACAAUCUGAGUCCAUUUGGGUCCUCUGUUUUGGGGGUUUCUUCGAAAGCCAAGAUCGGAAAUGGGUUUCUGGUUUGCGCUUCUAAGGGCUCGGACAAUCGGCCUCUUACCGGUGUAGUGUUCGAGCCGUUUGAAGAGGUGAAGAAGGAGCUCACACUCGUCCCUACUCUCCCCCACUCUUCCAUUGCUCGCCAGAAAUACUCCGAUGAAUGCGAGUCCGCUAUCAACGAACAGAUCAAUGUUGAAUACAAUGUAUCAUAUGUGUACCAUGCUAUGUUUGCCUACUUUGAUCGCGACAACAUUGCUCUCAAGGGUCUUGCAAAGUUUUUUGAGGAAUCAAGUGAAGAGGAACGGGACCAUGCUGAGAAGUUCAUGAAGUAUCAGAAAAAACGAGGUGGGAAAGUGAAGCUGCAAUCAAUUCUGAUGCCACUGUCUGAGUUUGACCAUGAUGAGAAGGGAGAUGCAUUGUAUGCAAUGGAGCUUGCACUGUCUUUGGAGAAGUUGACAAAUGAAAAACUUCUGAACUUGCACGCUGUAGCAAGCCAGAACAAUGAUGCGCAGUUGACUGAUUUUGUCGAAAGUGAAUUUUUAACUGAGCAGGUGGAAGCCAUUAAGAAGAUGUCAGAAUACGUUGCUCAGUUGCGGAGAGUGGGCAAAGGACAUGGAGUCUGGCACUUUGAUCAGAUGCUCCUCCAUGGGGAAGCAGGAGUUGCAGCAUGAUGGUGAAGCUGGUCUUGUUGUCUUCGACUUGCUAGCUGAUUUGGAGGACUUUCUGAGUGGUCUUUUGUGGUGUUAGAUUUUCAAUUAGAGAUUUUGGGUUGCGGAUAAAGUUUUAUUGAUGGCUGAUGAAAAGCUCAUAUGGGACUAAUUUAGUCAUCUACAUUAGUACUAGGUUAAGAGUGCAUGAGAUAUUGGUUAUAUAUAUGCUUUAAAAUUUCCUAUCUAUGCUGUUUAGAAGAAUUUUUUAUCUGAAUUUCCUUGCUUGCAAUUGUAGUUCAAUGAGAAAGAACAUGGGAACCCAACACGCAAAUAGGCUGACCUCAAAGUAUAGUUCUUGACAUUUUUAGGCACUAUCCAAAGUAUAGUUCUUGGACUCUUUGGGGAGAAGCAGCACAGUAGGGAUGGCAAUGGAUGGGGCGGAAACCGACUCGUAGUACCCUCUCCUGCCCCAAAUCAUAUUGGAGACUAUAAAAUUGGGAAAGUGAUGGGAUUGGGAGAAAUUAUUAUACCUAAGUGGUUCCUCCCAUGUAUUGGGGGACCAUUUUGCUGUGA